AUGAACUACGGCGGGAGUAUUGCUUCCGAUGCGACUCURAAGCGCAUGAGGGAAUUGUGCAAGAAUGCGACGUUCAACUCAGCCUACGCGAUGACCGAAGUGGGAGUGAUAACCCUUAACCUAGGUGUGCAGAAUGCAUCAGCUGCUGGCAAGCCUAUGCCUGGUAUGAAAAUACGGAUCGUGGAUGACGACGGAAAAAACCUGGCUCACAAUGAGGUCGGCGAGAUCCUUGUGCACACAGGCAUGCACUGGAAUGGCUACUAUGACAAUCCCGAGGCCACAAGCCAAAUUCUGGACAGUGAUGGCUGGAUCCAUAGCGGGGAUAUAGGCUACUUCAGUGACGAGAACUUGCUGUAUAUAGUUGACCGUAAGAAAGAAGUUCUCAAGUAUAAGGGCAUUCACUACUGGCCUACUGAAAUCGAGAAUGUGAUCAAGGAGCUCCCGCAGGUGCGUGACGUCUGUGUUGUGGGUAUCCCUGAUGAAUUGCUUGGUGAUGCAGCGGCUGCAUUGGUGAUGAAGGUACCAGGCUGCAACAUCGCUGAACAAGAAAUCGUGGAUCAUGUGGCCAAGCGUCUACCGACCAUAAAUAAGCAGCUGCAUGGAGGCGUUCGAUUCACUGAUAGGCUGCCCUUCAAUAACAAUGGCAAGGUCAUGCGAAAGGUGGUCCGCGAGCUCUUUGCUUCCAUUGGUGAGAAUCCAUCCAAAACGAACUAA